GCCUGCGCAGAUACCUGUUUAUAAAACGCCUAAGCUGAGCGAAGCAACCGUACGUCUCAUUGAUUCUGUGAAAUCUUGAGGGUGUGUGUAGUCAGACUUUUGCCAUGGUCCCGAUGCUGGCUCUGUCCAGAUGUUCGCCAGCUUUGAGGUGGACUCUUUCCCUGCGCUGCUCUGCCCUUUCUCUGGGGAGCGCUACCCUGAGCAGCCAGUCCUCCACCACAGCCAGGCCCCAGUUUCUAAGAACCCAGACUGCUCUGUUUCACGAAAGUAAAGCCAAAGCCAGUCCUGACCCAAACAAGCCGGCUUCAGUGUUGGCCUCUGGGUCCGGGCUGGAGGUGGAGCUGUUUGGGAUUGGGAUGUGGUCACUGGGUCUCGGUGCUGUUGGAGCUGCCCUAGCUGGGAUCUUCCUGGCCAACACUGAUAUGUGUCUACCUAAACCUGCCAUGGCAUCGCUGGAGUACCUGGAGGAUGCUGACCUGCGCUCCACCAUUGAUGAUAAUAAUGUUGUCAGAGCAAAGAGCCUGUGGGAGAGGAACGGAGCUGUGGUCAUGGCCGUACGACGACCUGGAUGAUUUUUGUGCAGAGAGGAGGCCUCUGAGCUGUCCUCUCUGAAGCCUCAGCUGGAAGAGCUCGGGGUCCCUCUGGUCGCUGUGGUGAAGGAGAACGUCGGCACAGAGAUCCAGGACUUCAGACCGCACUUCGCUGGGGACAUCUACAUAGAUGAAAAGAAACAUUUCUACGGCCCAUUGCAGAGGAGGAUGGGGGGUUUAGGUUUCAUUCGUCUUGGAGUGUGGCAGAAUUUCAUGCGGGCCUGGAGGUCUGGUUACCAGGGCAACAUGAACGGCGAGGGCUUCAUCCUCGGGGGAGUGUUUGUCAUCGGGCCAGGAGACCAGGGGAUUCUCCUGGAACACCGUGAGAAGGAGUUUGGUGACAAGGUGGACACUGCAGAUGUUUUAGAGGCCGUCAAGAAAAUUUCUCCAGUGAAAUAAGUUCUUUAGGUGUUAGAAAAGAGCAGGUACACUCUAUAUAAAUCAUUGCUAGAAUUAAGAAAUAAUUAACAUUUCUAAUUUGGCAUGCUGAGUUGUAAUCAAAAUAUGUCCAUCACUGAAAUACUGACAUUAUAUGACAUUUCCGUCUGUUUGUGUUGUGCAAUAUCACAAUUUUGUCUUUUGCACGUUAAUUUACUGUAGGUUACAAAAAUGGAGCUGUGAAAUGCAGGACAGAGACAAUAAUAUUACAGCAUUUGUCUCUGAGUAUUCCUCUUUACCUCUGCAGACACCCUAGAGAUUAGUUUCUUUUGAAACGGGUAUUAAAAACGGGUAGUAAGGGACUUAAAGGCAGCAUUUUCAUUCAGGUACAUCGAUCAUUAAAUUUAAGGUCAUAUGAAAUCUUCCCUCUAGACAAAAUUCAAUCUAAAGGCUGGAUUUCAUAUGAUUAAUAAUUAUAUUAACAUCUGUUAGUUGGUACACUUUUAAUAACGUUCCUGUGUGUCAUCUUUGUUUACAUCUCCUGGUCAGGCGCAUGAAUGAGCUUCUAACAUGGUAGACGAGUGUGUCUGUGGUCUGUGUGUGUGAUAAUGACAACCUGGCUCUAAACUCAACAGUGAGAGGAGCAGGUUUGAUGCUCAAACACACAACAGGUUCAGCCACUGUCGCCAUGCUGAGGAGUGUUUGUGGUGUCUGAAGCAGGUGUUGCUUUGGUGUGUGUGUGUGUGUGUGUGUGUGUGUGUGUGUUUGAAAGAGAGAGAUGGUUUGUACCUGUACAUGUGAAUGCUAGCUGCAGAAAAUAACAAUAAUAAAUAAGGAAGAACCUCAUCACCGCA